AAAUUCACUAAAAACAAAAAUAAACCAAAAAAAAAAAACUACACAAAAAAACCCCCAAAAUGACAAUAACAUUUCAAUAAUUAUACAUAAAUAAUUAUUUUAAACUUAUCAACAUUCAUUAGAUGUUAUGUACACACCACAGUUUGCAAUGAAUUAUAACUUCAAAAUCUCUCCCCCUCUCUCUUAUGUGCAAUAGCUAUCUGCUUUGUGUUCAUUUUAAUUACUUAAUUAGGUAAUGUUAAGAUCAUCAAAUGUUUGUAUCAAAUUUACUUAUUAAACAUCAUUCAUGCAUUGUCGCAAUCUAUUAAAAAUAUCUAUUAUUUCACUCUUUAUAUAAUGGCUCGUAAGUAGCACCUUACAGGUCAUUCAUGAUGCAAUGCAAUGAAAGACAAGAUUUAUUCGCCAAUGCAUUAGUGAGGUAAGGCAAGGGAAGCAAGGGAUGUACCCGCAAAAUUAUAGAAUUCACUCUUUAUAUCUAUGCUUGUAUAUUUUUGGAAAAUUGCAAUUCAGGGUGAUUUUGAAAUAUAAUUACAAAUAAGUGACAAAGUUUAUACAUGUUAAUAAUUAAAAACAAUUUUUUUUAUUAUAAAUCUGUAAUAAUUUUCUAAAACUAUCGCUGAUCCGCAAUUUCUAUUAUAUUUUUGUGCAAUUGGCAUAAAAAUAUAUAAAAUUCUCUUUUCUUUUUACUGUUAAAGAGUUUUUUGCUAUGUCAAAUAAUAAAAUCCCAUAAUUCAUAAAGAAAAUUGCUAAAUUCACAACUUUAUAAUCUUAUCCAAAGUCAUAUUUUUCACAACAUGGCGCCUAAAAUUUAAAUUGUGAAUAUUGAAAUCUACCAUCUAAAUUCUAAUUAAUAUUUUCAUUUUAUAAAUUGUUAUAGAACAAAGCUCAUUAAACAUUGUAUGUGAUUAUUUGAGAACGAUUUAAAACAAACAAAAAAUAAUCUGAUUCGGAAAGUAUCUAAAAUAAAAAUUUAUCAAGUACUUUCUAAUUUAUGUCAUAUAAAUGCAGACGUCUAAAAAAGGAGUUGAGAACUUGAAAAAACAAGAAAAUGUGGAAGCUGAAGGUUGCAGAAGGUCAUGGACCAUACUUGUUUAGUACCAACAAAUAUAUUGGUCGACAAAUUUGGGAGUUUGAACCUAAUGCAGGAUCACCAGAAGAGCGAGCAGCAGUUGAAGAAGCACGAGAAGAAUAUAAAAAGAAAUCCAAACAAGAUCGAGCUCGGGCUUUGCCUUGCUCUGAUCUUCUGAUGCGAAUGCAGCUUAAAAAGGAAAACAACAAUAUCGACCUAAGCAUACCACCGGUGAGAGUAGGGGAGAAAGAAGAAGUGACCUAUGAGGCGGCAACAAUUGCUUUGAGGAAAGCUAUUCGGUUAAAUCGCGCCAUACAAGCAAGAGAUGGGCAUUGGCCUGCUGAAAAUGCAGGACCGAUGUUUUUUACACCACCCCUAAUCAUUAUCCUAUACAUAAGUGGAGAAAUUAAUACUAUCCUAACAUGGGAACACAAAAAGGAGUUGGUUCGCUAUCUCUAUCUUCAUCAAAAUGAUGAUGGCGGAUGGGGAUUUUACAUAGAGGGUCACAGCACCAUGAUUGGCUCAGCACUUAGCUACGUUGCUCUACGUUUGCUCGGAGAAGGGCCUGAUGGUGGACAAGAUGGGGCAAUGACAAAAGCCCAGAAAUGGAUACUUGAUAAUGGCGGUGCUACAGGGAUACCCUCUUGGGGGAAGACUUAUCUAUCGGUGUUGGGAGUGUAUGAAUGGGCCGGAUGCAACCCACUGCCCCCAGAAUUCUGGCUUUUCCCUUCAUUUUUGCCUUAUCAUCCAGCAAAAAUGUGGUGUUACUGUCGCACGACUUACAUGCCCAUGUCAUACCUGUACGGGAGGAAAUAUCAUGGGCCGAUCACCGAUCUUGUCAAGUCAUUAAGACUAGAACUUCACCCAAAGCCAUAUGAGGAGAUAAACUGGAAUAAAGCGCGCCAUGACUGCUGCAAGGAGGAUCUCUACUAUCAUCAUCCCUUCAUACAAGAUCUCAUUUGGGAUGGUCUUCAUUAUCUAAGUGAGCCGAUCAUGAACUGUUGGCCCUUCAACAAGAUAAGAGAGAGAGCCAUCCGAAAAACAGUCAAGUACAUGCGUUAUGGAGCAGAGAGUACCAGAUACAUUACCAUAGGAUGUGUUGAAAAGAGUUUGCAAAUGAUGUGUUGGUGGGCGGAGAACCCUGAUGGCGAUGAAUUCAAGCAUCAUCUUGCCCGAAUUCCUGAUUAUUUGUGGCUGGCUGAAGAUGGAAUGAAAAUGCAGAUCCAAAAAAAUCCACCAGGGGAUUUCAAGAGCAUGUAUCGUUGCUUUACUAAAGGAGCAUGGACUUUCUCUGAUCAAGAUCACGGUUGGGGAGUCUCGGACUGCACAGCUGAAUCAUUGAAGGUAAUCUUGCUUUAUGUUACAACUAUAUAACAAUUCAAU